AGAGCAGGAUCGCUGGGAAAGAUGGAGAUACAAUAAGUUGCUAGUAGUGAAAAGUGCUGCAGAAAUAACCCGGCGGUUUCCCUUCUCCACCGAAGUGACAUAUUUUUUUCUUUGGGUUAAGUUGAAACCGCUGCCUGGCGGAGCCUGACUGUAGCUGAGAGUGGGUUUGUGUUUUUCUUGCACCGUUAGGUUUUGCAAAGAGCGGCGAUGAAGAGGAAGCUGGCACUCUCCAAGAUGCAGUUGGUUCUUCUCGUUUUAUUGGUGUGGCUACCAACAAGAUCAGUGCUGGCUGACUCCCUGGAAGACGAAGCUAAGAAUAACAUCACCAUCUUUACAAGAAUUCUAGACAGACUUCUGGAUGGUUAUGAUAAUCGUCUUAGACCUGGAUUAGGAGAUAGUAUUACUGAAGUCUUCACUAACAUCUAUGUGACCAGUUUUGGACCUGUUUCAGACACAGAUAUGGAGUACACAAUAGAUGUUUUCUUCCGUCAGAGAUGGAAGGAUGAGAGAUUAAAGUUUAAGGGCCCAAUGAACAUUCUUAGAUUGAACAACUUAAUGGCCAGCAAAAUCUGGACCCCAGAUACAUUUUUUCACAAUGGGAAGAAGUCAGUGGCUCAUAAUAUGACAAUGCCAAACAAGCUUCUACGAAUCCAAGAUGAUGGAACUCUCUUGUACACCAUGAGGCUUACAGUCCAAGCUGAAUGUCCAAUGCACUUGGAGGACUUCCCUAUGGAUGCUCAUUCAUGCCCAUUGAAAUUUGGCAGCUAUGCAUACACAACUUCAGAAGUGACAUAUAUUUGGACUUACAAUGCUUCAGAUUCAGUACAGGUGGCACCAGAUGGUUCAAGAUUGAAUCAGUAUGAUCUUUUAGGCCAAACAAUUGGAAAAGAGACAGUUAAAUCCAGUACAGGUGAAUAUACAGUAAUGACGGCUCAUUUUCACUUGAAGAGAAAAAUCGGUUAUUUUGUCAUUCAGACUUACCUCCCCUGUAUCAUGACUGUCAUUCUCUCCCAAGUGUCAUUCUGGCUUAACAGAGAAUCUGUACCUGCCAGGACAGUCUUUGGAGUAACAACUGUGUUGACAAUGACAACACUGAGCAUCAGUGCUCGAAAUUCACUCCCCAAAGUAGCAUAUGCAACAGCUAUGGAUUGGUUUAUCGCUGUUUGUUAUGCAUUUGUAUUCUCUGCAUUAAUUGAAUUUGCAACUGUAAAUUAUUUCACAAAACGAGGAUGGGCCUGGGAUGGAAAAAGUGUAGUGAAUGAUAAGAAAAAAGAAAAAGCAUCUGUCAUUAAGAAAAACAAUGCCUAUGCAGUAGCUGUUGCCAACUAUGCUCCAAAUAUUACCAAGGACUCAGUGCUGCCGACCAUCUCCAAGAGUGCUACAACGGCAGAACCCAACAAGGCAAAACCAGAAGCGAAGCCACAGGAAGCGAAGAAGACAUUCAACAGUGUUAGCAAAAUUGACAGAAUGUCUAGAAUAGUGUUUCCUGUCUUAUUUGGUACUUUUAAUUUAGUGUAUUGGGCUACAUAUUUAAACAGGGAGCCUGUCUUACUUGGCUUUGCGCCAUCAACCUAAAAGCUGAAUUGCACUGAGGACUUAAAACAUCAUUCUAAUCAGAUAGGUUGUUUGCUAUGUACAGUACGACUAAUAACUGCUAAUCUGUGAACCAUUAUGUACAGAGUGUAUAUAGAUGUCUUAUCUGUGUAUCUCCAAAGGAGGGACACAGUGUUAAUUCAUGGGUCUGUAAACAGAUACCACCCAUGGCAAAUAUAGCCAGCUCUUUAAAAGUUAUACCCAGGGGAGUUCUGUUAAACUAGGAUUCAAAUAUACAGAAUUAUAUUCUCUCCAUACAGUGAAAUGAAGAUAUGAUCCUACUUAAUUAUUUAGGAACAGUAUUUUUUUAAUUUAAAGUUAAGAUAUUUUUCUAUAAAGUAACUAAUUCUACUUUAAUGAAAGAAACUGUCAUUUAGAAAAGUGAUUUUUUUAAAAAGGGUGUAAUUGUUUCAUACAAUAGCGGUACCCAUGUACAUAAGAGUACGGAGGUCAUACAGUUCUAUUGUUCACAAUCAUUCUGGAUACUAGUUAGGCUGAAGAGGUAGUAAAGGCUACUACUAUAUGGCAAAAGCCACAAGUUUCUUACUUCUGUCCUGUUCGAAGUUGUUAAUAAACUAUUCCAAUUGAUUUCAGGGAAAAGUAGGUGUUAAUCAAAUUUCUAAUAUCAGGCAACUUCCACUUAUAUUCUUUUCACGGUUUUCUUUAUGUGAUGUUGCUAAACCAGGUUGUCUGGUUCAGCAAAGUUGGAUUUUUCUGCUUCUUGACUUUGUUCUUAAUUACAUUAUUGUUGGGUUCAUAAAAGCACUCAAAUUUUUGGGGAUUAAGUUUAUCAGUAAUAUAAUAUACUCUUUUCCUUGCUUAGUGAUAUGCUAAAACCUGCCAUUGAAAGAUUUACCUGUAUUUGUCCCAGAAAGCAUAUUUUUCAAAGGAAACAAGAAUUCAUGAUUUAAGUUCAGGAAAUUGUCCAUAUGAAUAAAAUUUACUGCUGCUUUUGUAAAUUGCAACUUUACAUUUCGCUGACAUAAAUUUCCAACAACUUUGUAUACUAGAAAUGGUUUUGCUAAGAUUUGAAUGUUAUUUUUUUAAUAAAAGGUCAUGCAUCAUCAGUAGGUAUCAAUUGUAUUUCAUAUAUACGAUUAUGAUAAAAUUGGAGCUGCCAUUUGCAAUUUUAUAUGAACAUUUAAUACUGAUCACUAAAUUUUUUUUCCUUCUAAGCCUUUGCAAACAUUCUUUAUGCCCCUAAAGGCCUGGUAAAUGAUGACAUAAGUAAUAACUGUGUACUGUAUUUAGAUUUUAGUAUAUGUGGCCAAUCAAAAAUAUUUUGAUUCACACAUACAUUAGCAGUUAUUAGUUGAUCUUUAAAAAAAGAUACACCUUUAUGAUGAUGUCUUCUAGUAGAGACAUAUGUAGUCGUAUAGUGUCAUUUAUUGCAGUUUUGUACAGUAUUUGAGUAUAGUGCAUAAAAUAGGUAUGUUCAGAGUUUAACAAAGUUGUACAAAUAUUUCUAAAAUCAAAUAAAAGAGUAUCUU